GCUCCUCCUCCUAGCUCCAAUGCCGGCGGCACAACUUCUUCAGGAGACUCACUUUCCGGCAGUCAACGGCAAAGAAACCGCCUCUCCCUCCUUCAAAAGAUUAGAUGGAAAGAUUGCAAUCGUGACCGGCGGCGCAAGGGGCAUCGGCGAGGAGACCGCGAGGCUCUUCGCCGAGCAUGGCGCCCGAGUGGUGAUUGCCGACGUGGAGGACGUGCUCGGCCGCUCGGUGGCGGCCUCACUCGCCCCCGGCGCGACGUACGUCCACUGCGACGUCGCGUCCGAGGCCAACAUCGAGCGCUUGGUCGCCUCGACCCUGGCCGCGCACGGCCGCUUGGACGUCCUGUUUAGCAACGCGGGCAUCCUGGGCGACCAGGGGAGGCGCAAGAGCGUCCUCGACUUCGAUGCGGCCGAGUUCGACCGCGUGAUGGCGGUCAACGCGCGCGCCGCAGCGCUCGGGAUGAAGCACGCGGCCCGCGCCAUGAUCGGCCGCGUUGGAGGAGGAGGGGGAUGCAUCAUCUGCACGGCGAGCGUGGCCGGGGUGGCGGGGGGGAUGGGGCCGUACGCGUACACGGCGUCGAAGCACGCGGUGGUGGGGCUGGUGAAGAACGCGGCGUGCGAGCUGGGGAAGUAUGGGAUAAGGGUGAAUUGCAUAUCGCCGUUUGGGGUGGCCACGAGCAUGCUGGUGAAUGCGUGGAGGGAAGAGGAGGGAGGAGGGGAAGUGAUCAGCGAGGUGGAGGUGGAGAAGAUGGAGGAGUUUGUGAGGGGGCUGGCCAAUUUGAAGGGGGCGACGCUCAAGGCGAGGGAUGUGGCGGAGGCGGCGCUCUUUUUGGCAAGCGACGAGUCCAAGUAUAUCAGCGGCCAUAAUCUAGUGGUGGACGGCGGCGUUACCACCUCUACAAAUUGUGUCGGAUUGUAG